AUGUCUGACGAUUUGCAAGAUCAACAACCAAGUAUCAUCAUCAAUGGUAACUUGAACGAUGUUGUUGAUGAACCUCUAUAUGAUGAUGAACAAGAUUCAGAACCUGAAGAAGCUCCAGUUGAACAAGAAAGCUCUAAAAAAACAGUUUCAUUUGCUGUUUUAGAUGAUAAAGAAGAAGAAGAGAAGAGAAAACGUGAAUUUGAAGAAGGUGGUGGUUUGCCAGAACAACCAGAAAACCCAGAUUUCACCAAAUUAACUCCAUUAUCACCAGAAAUUAUAAAUAGACAAGCCACUAUCAACAUUGGUACUAUUGGUCAUGUCGCUCAUGGUAAAUCCACUGUGGUUAAAGCUAUCUCAGGUGUUCAAACUGUUCGUUUCAAAGAUGAAUUGGAACGUAACAUUACUAUUAAAUUAGGUUAUGCCAAUGCUAAAAUUUAUAAAUUAGAUGAUCCAAAUGUUGAUGAAACAACUUCAUAUAAAUCAUUCAGUUCAGAUAAAGAAAUCCAUCCAAAAUGUGAUAUACCUGGUGUUGAAUCUCGUUAUAACUUGGUUCGUCAUGUUUCUUUUGUCGAUUGUCCUGGGCAUGAUAUUUUAAUGAGUACUAUGUUGUCAGGUGCCGCAGUUAUGGAUGCUGCUUUAUUAUUAAUUGCAGGUAAUGAAUCAUGUCCACAACCUCAAACUUCAGAACAUUUAGCUGCUAUUGAAAUUAUGAAAUUGAAACAUGUCAUCAUUUUACAAAACAAAGUUGAUUUAAUGCGUGAAGAAAGUGCAUUAGAACAUCAAAAAUCUAUUUUAAAAUUCAUUAGAGGUACAAUUGCUGAUGGUGCUCCAAUUGUUCCAAUUUCUGCUCAAUUGAAAUAUAAUAUUGAUGCUGUUAAUGAAUUCAUUGUUAAAACUAUUCCAAUCCCACCAAGAGAUUUCACAGCUUCACCAAGAUUAAUUGUCAUUCGUUCAUUUGAUGUUAACAAACCAGGUGCUGAAAUUGAUGAUUUGAAAGGUGGUGUUGCUGGUGGUUCUAUCUUGAAUGGUGUUUUCAAAUUAGGUGAUGAAAUUGAAAUUAGACCAGGUAUUGUUACUAAAGAUGAUAAUGGUAAAAUUCAAUGUAAACCAAUUUUCUCAAACAUUGUUUCAUUAUUUGCUGAACAUAAUGAUUUGAAAUUUGCAGUUCCAGGUGGGUUGAUUGGUGUUGGUACUAAAGUUGAUCCAACUUUAUGUAGAGCUGAUCGUUUAGUUGGUCAAGUUGUUGGUGCUAAAGGUCAUUUACCAAGUAUUUAUACUGAUAUUGAAAUCAAUUACUUCUUAUUGCGUCGUUUAUUAGGUGUCAAGACAGAAGGUCAAAAACAAGCUAAAGUUAGAAAAUUGGAAGCUAAUGAAGUUUUAAUGGUUAACAUUGGUUCAACUGCCACUGGUGCUCGUGUUGUUGCUGUUAAAGCUGAUAUGGCCAGAUUACAAUUGACUGCACCAGCUUGUACUGAAAUUAACGAAAAGAUUGCAUUAUCAAGACGUAUUGAAAAACAUUGGCGUUUAAUUGGUUGGGCUACCAUCAAGAAAGGUACUACUUUAGAACCAGUUGAAAACUAA